AUGCAAGAGAGACCGCACAAAAGGGCGCGGUUCAGGCCUUCUCCACAGUACUGGGACAAUCUGUCGAAGAUCUGGCUGACAGACGAUGCCCUCGAGGAGCUCGAUAGGCGUAACAGAGCCAUCUCACGCCACAGCGAAGGGCCUUCAGCAGCCAGUCAGCAGUCGCUAGGCACAACCCCUGGCGACCUUGCAGACCGCUGCUCGCCCACUAAACUUCUCAAGAUUAAGGAGCUCUCACAGCAGGGCGGGCCUGACCUGUCUGACCUGAGGAACUUCCCAGACCCUAGCAGGGCAGAUCCAGAUCUCGAGAGACGCUCUCAAGACCAUGAUAGCGAUGACAGCAGCAUUACAAGAGCAACUAGCAGCAUAUACGAUGGGAACUUUGAGCAGACCUUGAUCGAGCAUGGCAUCUACCCGGACGAACACAUAUACGCUGGGCGAACGGCCAGACCGGAUAACCUGGACGAAAUAAACGAGAGACUCUCCCAGCGACGCGCUUCUCUUUCACCUUCAAGAUGUAUAGAUAACGAGUUUCGACGGUUCAAAUAUAGAGAUGCUGCCUCCCGCAUAUCGUCAAUGAACGAUGUCCUACAUGAUAUCGAGGGCCGUACCCCGGACUACCGGUGCAUGGAAUACGGUCUCCAGUUUGAUGGACUCGCUCCCCUCGCUGAUGACAUACAAGCGACUGCAAAGCCGGAUUGUUACUUCGGUGCUUGUCUGGAACAGCUUCGUCCUCAGCUCCGCGAGGAGCUCAGUGAUUUUAUUCUCCCGUCGGAGGAGAGCAGCCUCAUGGUUCCCAAUUUCUUUCUACAGGCUAGGAAGGCUGAUAGAUCUUUUGCUGUUAUGUCACGCCAGGCCUGCUACCAUGGUGUCCUGGGAGCUCGAGGAAUACACAAACUCCGUUCUUACAUACAUGAUAACCGGAAAGAUAAUAUAUGCGAUAAUAAGGCUUACACUAUUACAGCAACGUAUCACGGUGGCCAUCUUAGGUUGUGCACUGUGCAUCCAGUUAUUCCGGGAGAAGGAAAUUGGCGCCCCAAGGACAAUGAACUAGAGUACGUUAUGACCCAGCUUAACGCCUGGAGCAUGAUUGGAAAUGCAGAGAGCUUUCGACAAGGUCUGACUGCGUAUCGCAAUGCCAGGGACUGGGCCAAAGAGCAGAGGAAUAGGGUUAUUAGUGAUGCAGAUGGGAAGUACAGGGCUGGCCAGAGCUGUCAAAUAGAGUCUGUUGGAGAUAAUGAGUAUAUUCCUCAGACCGUGUGUCCUAAACAGAUGGUGAAUUCAACAUAA